AUGCAGUACGAUUUGCACUAUCUCCAGGCAUACAACACAGAAUAUGAACAGCCCACCCCCGCACACAUCAACGCCCUACUUGUCCGCAUAUCCAAACUACCCCUCAAAAAGCACGAGAACACCAAAUUAGCGGUUCUUCCUGCACCGAUAGCCGUAUUACCGCUCAAGAACUGCGUGGUAUCGAAGCAAAAGAGUAAAUGGCAGUUGUUUGCGGAACGGAGGGGUAUCAGGAAGAAGAAGUGUAGGGAGGUGUAUGACGAGAAGAACGACACUUUCCUGCCCAGGUAUGGACGGUUUGGUGUUAAUAAGGUAAAGAAAAGAAUGCCCAGGGAAGAGGAGAACGGUUAAUGUAGUAGAAAACGCUCAAAUACUGUACGGAGCAGCAUAUUAAAUUAUUUAUUCCUAUA